CGGGUGCCUUCUGCCUCGCCCGCAGUCCUCCCGCCCGGCGCUCGCUCGCUGCCUCGCUUACUCAGCCGCCGCUGCUGCUGUGGCUGUCGCCGUGCCUCUGUCCACCGACUCGGAGCUCGAUAACCAUGGCGGAGGCUCACCAAGCCGUGGCCUUUCAGUUCACGGUCACUCCCGACGGAAUCGACCUGCGGCUGAGCCACGAGGCCCUCAGGCAGAUCUAUCUGUCUGGACUUCAUUCCUGGAAAAAGAAGCUCAUCAGAUUCAAGAAUGGCAUCAUCACCGGCGUAUACCCGGCGAGUCCCUCCAGCUGGCUCAUCGUGGUUGUGGGCGUGGUAUCAACAAUGUACACCAAGAUCGACCCCUCUUUGGGAAUAAUUGCAAAAAUCAAUCGGACCCUUGACAGGACUGGCUACAUGUCCAGCCAGACGAAGAGGGUGGUCAGCGGCGUCCUCUUCGGCACGGGCCUGUGGGUGGCCCUCAUCAUCACCAUGCGCUACUCUCUGAAGGUGUUGCUGUCCUACCACGGCUGGAUGUUCGCCCAGCACGGCAAGAUAAGCCGCGCCACCAAAAUCUGGAUGGGUAUGGUCAAGAUCUUUUCAGGCCGCAAACCCAUGUUGUACAGCUUCCAGACGUCUUUGCCACGCCUGCCGGUCCCAGCCGUCCAAGAUACCGUCAACAGGUACCUGGAAUCCGUGAAGCCUCUUAUGAAGGAAGGAGACUUUACACGGAUGACAGCUCUGGCACAAGAUUUUGCUGUCAAUCUCGGGCCAGGAUUGCAGUGGUAUUUGAAGCUAAAGUCCUGGUGGGCUACCAAUUAUGUGAGUGACUGGUGGGAGGAGUACAUCUACCUCCGAGGACGAGGGCCACUGAUGGUGAACAGCAAUUACUACGCGAUGGAUUUGCUGUACAUCACACCGACUCACAUUCAGGCAGCGAGAGCAGGCAACGGUAUCCAUGCCAUCCUGCUUUACAGACGCAAACUGGACCGGGAGGAAAUCAAACCAAUUUUUCUUUUGGGAUCUACAGUUCCGCUCUGCUCCGCCCAGUGGGAGCGAAUGUUUAAUACUUCUCGGAUCCCAGGAGAGGAAACAGACACCCUCCAGCACCUCGGGGACAGCAGGCACAUCGUCGUGUUCCACAAAGGCCGUUACUUCAAGGUCUGGCUCUACCACGACGGCCGGCUGUUGAAGCCCCGCGAGAUCGAACAGCAGAUGCAGAGGAUCCUGGAUGACCCGUCGGAACCCCAGGCCGGCGAGGCGAAGCUGGCGGCCCUCACGGCAGGAGACAGAGUCCCCUGGGCCAGGUGUCGCCAGGCCUAUUUUGGACAUGGGAAGAACAAGCAGUCUCUGGAUGCAGUGGAAAGAGCCGCGUUCUUCGUGACAUUGGACGAAACGGAACAAGGGUAUAGGGAGGAAGACCCGGUUACGUCGAUGGAUAGCUACGCCAAGUCUCUGCUGCACGGCAGGUGUUUCGACAGGUGGUUUGAUAAAUCGAUCACAUUUGUCAUCUUCAAAAACGGCAAGAUGGGCAUAAACGCGGAGCACUCCUGGGCCGACGCCCCCAUCAUCGGUCACCUUUGGGAGUACGUACUGGCCACGGACAGCUUCCAGCUGGGUUAUGCAGAGGAUGGACACUGUAAAGGGGACACCAACUCAAACAUCCCAUACCCCACCCGGCUACAGUGGGACAUCCCGCAGGAAUGUCAGGAAGUCAUAGAGACUUCCCUGAGCAGCGCGAACCUCCUGGCCAGCGACGUGGAUUUCUGUACUUUUCUGUUCAGUGCUUUCGGUAAAGGGCUGAUCAAGAAAUGCAGAACCAGCCCGGACGCCUUCGUGCAGCUGUCCCUCCAGCUGGCUCAUUACAAGGACAUGGGCAAAUUUUCCCUCACCUACGAGGCCUCCAUGACCCGGCCCUUCCGAGAGGGCAGGACGGAGACCGUGCGUUCCUGCACCACUGAGUCGUGCAACUUUGUGCUGGCCAUGGUGGACCCCACGCAGACGGUUGAACAGAGGCUCAAGUUAUUCAAGAUUGCGUCCAAGAAGCAUCAGCACCUGUGCCAUCUGGCGAUGACCGGCUCCGGGAUCGACCGCCAUCUCUUCUGCCUCUACGUGGUGUCCAAAUACCUCGCAGUUGACUCCCCUUUCCUGAAGGAGGUGCUAUCUGAGCCUUGGAGAUUAUCCACCAGCCAGACCCCUCAGCAGCAGGUGGAACUGUUCAAUUUGGAAAGGAAUCCAGAGUACGUGUCAAGCGGAGGCGGCUUUGGACCGGUUGCUGAUGACGGCUAUGGGGUGUCGUACAUUCUCGUGGGUGAGAAGCUCAUCAGUUUCCACAUUUCUUCCAAGUUCUCCUGCCCUGAGACAGAUUCUCAUCGCUUCGGGAAGAACCUGAAACAAGCAAUGAUCGACAUCGUGAGUUUGUUCGGGCUCAGCUCCAAUUCCAAAAAGUAAAUCCCUUAGCACUGCCGGGAAGGAAAAUGAGCUCUUCGGAUGA